AUGGUGUCGUUAAGCGUUCGUUUGUCGGUCUUAUUGCAGUUGUUCUGUAGCGUCGUUUUAUCCAGGGAAACCCUGGAGGAUGCGGCCAAAAAUUUGAGGAAGAUUAUGUACCAGCAGAGUGCGUUACAUGUCAACACCAUUGAUAGAAACAGUGCAGAUCCAGCUUCAUUUAUUGAGUAUCAUGUGUCAUCCGAUAAGUGUGAUGGAGUAGACCAUAACGGUAAUCCGAUUUUGGUAUUGGUGGAUAUGUCUAGUUCGAUACGUAACUGGAACGAGAAUCAGCGUAUUUCAGUUACUGUUGAGGACACAUUCUCUUGUGGAACAAUCAUGUCUUCACCAAGAGCGACGCUAUUUGGUAAGUUGACUGAGAUGAACACCACUGCGGAGUUAACUAGUUGUUUCAAGUACUACCACCCAGAUGCGGAGGAGUGGAUGCCUAAGCAGAGUGUGGAGCAAGGUCACCACCACACUUCGAAGUUUUACCAGUUGGAAGUCGAGAGGAUCUACUACUUGGGGGGCUUUGGAGAUGUGUCCUAUAUUGGUCCUAUUGAAGCUGAGCUUUACCGUUCAUCGUAA